CCAGAUUGCGACAGUCGAUAUUAAAACAUGCAGUGAGCGAGAGAGAAAGAGAGAGAGAGACUGUGUGUGAGGCAGAGAGGAAAGCGAGCUGCAGGCCUUUCCACAGGGACAAACUAGCAGAAAGGCAUCUCACAGUUAAUUCUUUCUCUUUGCUUUCUCUCUCUCUCCCUCUCUCAACAUCCUUACGCCAAUUGAUUUGUGUAUGAAAAGCCGGGCGCUUUUCGCCCCCCUUUUGGGCUGUGCGUUUUGAGUGAUCAGCUGAUGAAGAGACUGGCUGCGCGCUGCAAUGCUGGUUUGCUAAUUCUCUUUCCUCCAGACUGGAGCCAGCCUAGAGACCACAGUCAGUCUCAGGCUAUCCAAAACGGGCUGACUGAGGUUAUGGAGGAGGAAAGCAACUUGAAGAAGCGAAAAAGUGAUAAUCAAGUCAACCAGGUUUCUGAGACUGGUCAGGAGGUGGUGGAGAAGGUCAAAAAGCGACGGGGUCGUCCACCCGCUGAGAAGCUGCCCCCCAACCCUCCCAAACUCACAAAACAAAUGAACACCAUCGUGGAUAUGGUCAUUAAUUACAAGGACACGUUGGGCCGUCAAAUCAGUAAAGGUUUCGUCCAGCUACCUUCAAGGAAAGAGGUGCCAGAGUAUUACGAGCUCAUCCGGAAGCCAGUGGACUUUAGGAGGAUCAGGGAGAGGGUCCGUAAUCACAAAUACAGGUGCAUUGCAGACCUGGAAAAGGAUAUUAUGCUGAUGUGUCACAAUGCUCAGACGUUUAAUCUGGAAGGAUCUCAGAUAUUUGAUGACUCCAUUGUUUUGAAGUCUGUUUUUGAAAGCGCAAGACAGCGGCUAGUUAAAGUCAGCGAGGAAAACGAUGAUGCUGUUGGAGGCAGUGAAGCGGAUGGUGGCAAUCAUUUAAAUCUAGAAUUUCCCGUUUCAGGGACAGGAAAUCCUAAACUGGAUGAAAAAAUGGAGAGAAAUGCAACCGGUCCGAGCAAUUCGCGCCCAAUGGAGAAGGUGACAAACAUUGAUGAAGACAGUGGAAAAGAAUGUGAUAUCAAGACACAAGGACUUUUAAACUAGAUCCCCAGAUGAAAGCCUUUACGUUGGAUGCCAUUAUAAGAAAAUUGCGUGGCCAUUUAAGUCCCAUUUCCCUUGAAGUUUUGCUCAAGGAUUUGUUCAGAAUGUGAUCCCUCAUCAUCCUGGUUGCCUAUUGCACAUUUAUAGCAAUCUUUGUAUUUUAACAUUACUGCAGUGGUUUGCAGUGAUGCAUCUGAAAAUUGCAUUGUUUUCAUGUAUUUAUAAAAUGUAAAUAAGUCUACAUAAAUACCUGGAAUGGAUAAAUAGUGUGGUCAAAAUAAAGAAGGCCUGUAAGUUCAGACUGCUCAAAAUGUUUUUUUAAGUAUUGAAAAAUGGUGGUUCAUCUUAAUGUAUCACAAUCUUGUAUAAUAAUAUAAACUGAUCCAUUCAGACUUCUAAAAUGGGAUACGCUUUGCUCAAAUAUUGCAAUUAUGUCUCGGUUUCAGAGAGUUUUUUAACAGUGUUUUUUGUGACUAUGAGCACCUUGCCACCCCCUCCCCUGUACGUUUUCCCUUAUUUCAUUAACUGUUAAUAUCUAAAAAGAAAGUUACCGGUUUUUAUUAAAUACAGCUCCAUAUCAUUCUGUAUUCAUCACAAGAUCUUAAGGAGCUUGGAGCAUGAUGUUAAUGUGUUCUUUGUUCACAGAUAUUGCCUUCAAAGAAAGGCAAGCAUUGAGAUGUUGUCAAGAGUUUGUGUGUUUGCUGUUUAGGAUGGAUGGGAGAGGUGGUUUGUGGGUAGAUUUUGAAAUUCAAGGUUAUGAAGUUUGAAUAUGUGAAAAGGCUACAAGGUCUGAUUCAUCAUCUUAAAAAUAUUUUUUUUAAUAAAAUCUCUUCAGCCCUUCAUGUGGAUCCAGAUCUCUGAAAAAAAAUACAGAUUAAGUUCUUUCUUUAGCAGUUUUUGUGCUACUGUAUAUGUACUAUAAAUGUGAGAACAUCACAAACAGUACAGGUGACAUAUUUACACCUAAAUCCCCAAAAAGAAAUGAUAAAUCCCAUUUGAAAAAAUAUUCUCUUUAUGAUUUUUAAUAUUUAAUUCAAUCUCUACAGUUUUUCUUAAGAGUUGAUUAUUCUGUCAUGAUAUACCAGGCGACAGACUCAAUUGCGGGGAGAAACAGAAUUUUAUUAACAAGGUAGAUAGACAAGACAGUCAAUAGUCACCACCAGUAGCAUGGGGAGAGAAUCGACAAGCCGAACAGCAGACACCCUCAUACAACGGAGAACUAGAAUCCCAGAAGUCCUGCACAGUAAAAAUAAAAGGUACCUCAAAUAUCCUGUUGUGUACUCAAAGAACCUUAAGCUGUAUUUUAAGUGCUCCAAAGCUCUUUUUCUCAAUAAAAGGGUUAUGGUGGAACCAUCUAUAGUCUUUGUGGUUCUUCCAGGAACCUAGAAGAUUCUUGAAUAACCCCACAUUCAGUUGUGAAGUUCUGGAGUCACCUUUUCACUACACUGGGACCUCAAAGUGCUUUGCGGGUUAUUGAAGGAACUCAAAUUCUAAAAAAUGGUUCUUGUAAGAUCUGUAAACUUGUAAGCGGUUCCUGGAGAAUCUCUCUUGUACAAGACAGUAUCUCUCUUGUACAAGACAGUAUCUAGAGGAACCCCACAAAAUUCUGCAUGAAAUACGGAUUUUUAGUGUCUGAUCAUUUCGAUGUUUUAUGAGAAUAAGAAUAGUCCAAAGUUUGGUUUUUGGCCCCUGCUAAGUGAACACACAAUU